AUGAGAGAAGAUAGAGGAUAUAAAGAAAAUAAUGCUAUCAUAUCAACGUGCGACAUCACUGUAACAACUGGUUUUGAUGUUAUUCUUGACAAACCCAUGUGUCAUUCAUUGGAACAAACUCGACAUUUGCCUCGUGCUGUUGAUGAGACUGGCCGUUCGCUUUGCUUAACACAUACGUACACAGACUAUUCGAUGGUCAAACAAGUCCGUCAAAUGAUUUUACGCUAUGAUAUUGGUUUAGUUCGUAAAGUGUAUGUUGAAUAUUCACAAGGUUGGCUGAGUCAUGACAAUGUAAAUUCGAAACAAGCACAACGGCGUCUGGAUCCUAAACAAAGCGGCCCAUCAGGAUGCUUAGGUGAUAUCUGUGUGCAUGCUUUUAAUUUGACUGAAUAUGUUGCUGGACUUCAAGUUACUCAUGUAUGUGCAGAUUUACGCUCAGUUAUAGACGGUUGUCAACUUGAUGAUGAUGCUAGUGUACUCUUACGUUUCAAUAAUGGAGCAAGUGGCGUUCUGAUGGCUUGA